UGUACCGCUUUUUAAACCUGAGAGCAACUUUCAUAAAACGAGAUAUGUAGGUACUGCUUGUUCUCCUUAAAUUGCCCCCCACCUGCCCUCUUCAUUUUUCAUUCACUCAACCCAACCUUUUCUUCCAUAUCCCUUCUGUGUUUGGCCAGUGAGUUUUUCACUGUUGGAACAUACAAAAGCAAAUGGGGAUUUCAAGUGAACUCCUGGCUUUCUUGAGCAUUCUUGUGCUGGUUUUCGCAGCGGCUUGGGCAGACCCUCUGGUUCCUGCUCUUAUCAUCUUUGGGGACUCUGUUGCUGAUGCGGGCAACAACAACAACCUCACUACACCCAUCAAGGCAAACUUCCCUCCUUAUGGAAGAGACUUUGUGACUCAUAGACCAACUGGAAGAUUCUGCAAUGGAAAGCUUACCACAGACUUCACUGCUGAAUAUCUAGGAUUCACCUCAUACCCGCCUGCUUACCUUAGCCCAGAAGCCGAAGGGCAGAACCUCCUGACCAGAGUCAACUUUGCAUCAGCUGCUUCUGGCUAUUUGGAUUACACACCUUUCUUAUAUAAUACACUUUCGCUGACCCGGCAACUGAAUUACUAUAGGCAGUAUCAGAAUGAAGUGGUGAGUAUGGUGGGUAGCAACAACACCAGUGCCAUAUUCUCUGGUGCCAUCCACCUUCUAAGCGCAGGGACCAGUGAUUUCAUUCAAAACUACUAUAUCAAUCCCCUUCUUAGAAUCUACUCACCUGACCAGUUCUCAAACAUUCUCAUUAGAUCAUACUCCACUUUCAUUCAGAAUUUGUAUGCACUCGGAGCACGAAGGAUUGGAGUCACAAACUUACCACCAAUUGGGUGUUUGCCAGCAGCAAUCACAAUGUUUGGCUCUGGAACCAACGAAUGUGUCCCAAGGUUAAACCAAGAUGCCAUUUAUUUCAACAAUAAGCUAAACAGCACAUCUCAAGAUUUGAAGAAUAGGCUUCCAGGCCUCAAGCUUGUGGUCUUCAAUAUCUUCCAGCCUCUUCUGGAUAUGAUUAUGAAUCCUGGUGAUAAUGGGUUCUUUGAGUCUAGAAGAGCUUGUUGUGGAACAGGUAUAUUAGAGACCUCUGUGCUUUGCAACUCUAGGUCUGUAGGAACAUGUACCAAUGCGACUGGUUAUGUGUUUUGGGAUGGAUUCCAUCCCUCUGAAGCUGCUAAUGAGGUCUUAGCUGGAGAUCUACUUCAACAGGGUUUUGACCUCAUAUCUUGAAUCUAUUUCCAAAGUGGCAUAAUCUAAUACUACUGCACUCUUUUUAUCUUAUAUAAUGUAAUAUGAUAAUAUAUUGGUACUUAGUGGCUUUAGUUCAGGAAUUUAGUUUCCUCAUAAUGUGAAGUUGCUUUGCUAUUCAUGUAA